AAGGAAAAUUACAUACAUAACACACUGUUUUUAUCUUUUUAGGAAACAAAAAUAAUAGAGCAAAGCAGAAUCCGACAGAAAACAAAAUAAAAAUCAAUAAAAGCAUCUAAUUAACAGUGAGGAGGGCAGUUCCGUUCUCAACCGAAAACUCUUUAAUCCAACCAGAUAUUCCCUUCUUUUUCUUAUUUUCAACAAAUAUGGUUUUUAUUCUUGCUAAUGUUAAUACUCCAAUUAUGUGUUUCUUCUCUUUGUGAGUUCUCCCCAGAUUUCUGAAAACCCCGAAAUCAAAAAGGUGUUUUCUUUUUGUUUGUUUGUUCACAUCUUCAUCCAAAGCAACCAUGGCGGCGUCUGAUCCUCACGCGCCACUCCUCCCCCCGCGUCAACCUGAUGGCUCGGCUGCUCGCCCUGUAUCGUUGGCGCAUUUAUUGGGGCGAGCCACGGGACGGCGUGGCGCUUCCAUGCUGGUUAGGGAGACAGCGGCACGUGAGUUGGAGGAGCGGAGGGCCGACUGGGGGUACUCGAAGCCCGUGGUGGCACUGGACAUGCUGUGGAAUACAGCGUUCGUGGUGGUGUCGGUAGUGAUGUUGAUAAGUACGGCGGAUGAGACGCCCAAUACUCCUAUUAGAUUAUGGAUCUGUGCUUAUGCUUUGCAGUGCUUGCUUCAUGUUGUUUUAGUGUGGUUGGAAUACAGGCGAAGGAACAGUAGGAGAAUAUCUGUUACGGAUGAGGAGAGAGGAGAAGCAGUUUCUGGGGAUGUUAGUGAUAGUGAAGAUGAAGAAGACAGCGGUCUUUUUGGUUCAAAUGAAUCAAGUAUAACUAAACGAUGCGAAACAGUGAAUACCAUGGCAUCAUUUCUUUGGUGGAUAGUUGGCUUCUAUUGGGUAGUUUCUGGUGGUGAUAUCCUUCUGCAGAAUGCCCCGCGGUUGUACUGGUUGGCUGUGGUUUUUCUGGCAUUUGAUGUGUUCUUUGCAAUCUUUUGUGUUGUUUUGGCGUGUUUGAUUGGGAUUGCUCUCUGCUGCUGCUUGCCGUGCAUCAUUGCAAUUCUUUAUGCUAUUACGGAGCAGGAAGGUGCAUCGGAAGCAGAUCUUAGUAUCCUUCCAAAAUAUAGAUUUCAGAUUAUAAACAACCGUGAGAAGCCUAGUUUGGGAGCUGGAAAAAUGAUCCCCAUAGAAACAAGCAGUGGAUACUUGGCAAAUGAGCGCAUACUCUUAGCUGAGGAUGCAGAAUGUUGUAUAUGUCUAAGCUCAUACGAAGAUGGCGUGGAUCUUCAUGCUCUCCCUUGCAACCAUCAUUUUCAUUCAACGUGUAUUGUGAAAUGGCUUAAGAUGAAUGCAACUUGUCCUCUCUGUAAGUACAAUAUUUUGAAGGGAAAUGAGCAAGUAUGAAAGAACAGGAGAGCAAGCCUUGAACAUUGUCAGAUUAAGUUGUCGAUGAUGCUGUGUAUGUACAGAAAAAACGGAAGUUAUGAAGAGCUGAAACUGAACUAUGAAGACCGACAUGCGGUAAUACAUUCUUAGCUUCAUUUUUUUUUUUUUUUUUGGUUUAAAUGACCUUUUGGGGUUGACCUGAUUCCUCUGGGGCUGGGCCCUCCCUGUGCGAGUUUUUCCACCGUCUUUAAUGAAAAUAGAGAUGGUUUUCAUGCUUCAAAUGUUAUCAGUAUUUUAUUUGCUUCAUUAUAAUUGGUAAGAGUGAAAGAUUAGUGGCUUAUUGUAUAUUUGUUUGUUUGUUGUAUAUUUCCUAUAUGGUUGUUUUGUUCAGUUGAACUUACGAAUAUAUUUUUUCUAUUUUCUUUUUAA